AUGUUAUUAAAUUUUGAUGAGCAUGUCUUUAUCAUACAGCCGAACUGUUUUGAUUACAGUGAUAUCGAUGAUUUUGGCGGAAAAUUACCCCAAUAUUGGUUCUCAAUUGAUCAGUCAUUAUCCAAUAAAGAUAGUCCCAAUCAUGUUUCAGAUUCCGAUCAUCUAUCAACUAACAUUGGCUCAAAAAUAAGAGUAGCUACAGGAUUUCAAGUUCGUAGUCGUCGGUCAGCUACAAGUAGCCUUAUGAGAACUGGUCAAAGUGUUUCUGAAACAGCUACUUCUAGUUCAGAUAGUCAAUUUGCAGGAAAUUUUCAACCUAAAGAUAAUUUGAAAUUGAAGAAAAUCAAUACAGAUACCAGUUUAAUAAGACGUGGCAGUAAAUCAGAGGAUAUAGGACAGACUGAUGAAGAAUCAAUCAAUGAUAUUACUACAAAUUUGAGUCUUAGUGGGAAACAGUUUGAAAAUGGAAAGUUUUCAGUAAGUGUAUGA